AUGGUUUUGGAAUUGACAUGUUUCAAUAUAUCUUCUUCAUUACCAACAAUACCAAUAAUCAAUAAUGUCACAAAUAAUCUUAGCCAUUCAUAUUACAAUCCAAAUGGAAAAGCGAUUUCUCAAUUAAUUUCAUCAUCAUUAGCUCGCUCAACUUUUUCUAUAGUUGAUGUUCGAUCAUUUUUAAAACAAAUCACAUCAGACGAAAUCAAAUCGUGGGAUGUUUCGACAAUUGUCAAGUUAAAGCCAAUAACAUCGACUAUUAUCUAUACAAAACAUCUACUUCAACAAUUCAAAAAACUCGAUCAGUAUUCGACACAAGCUGAUUCGAUUGUGAUCAAAGCAUCUUAUUCAGUGUUUGUCAAAGGAUUCGAUCAAAUACUUCGAGAAACAUAUUUUCUUGACGAAAUUCGUCAAUCAAUAAGUGAUAGUAUCACACAUAUCAAAGAAUUGGAUCAACUUAUCAAUCAAAACACAAGUUUAUCAUCAGAAACAUAUGACGCUUUUGCAUUUAUUAAAAAUGAAAGUAAUAAUAUGAUCAAUUCUUUAAAGGCACCAUUGCAAAAAUUAUGUGAUUAUGCAGAUGGAAAUGAUAAAGAAAUCGAUGACACAAUUAUCAAAGCAUUAAAUCUUGUUCAUCAACAAAUGAACAAAUUAAUCGAUACAAUUCGUAAUGAUUUUCUUAUUGAAAUAACACCAUGGGAAAAUAAUAUGUUAAUGGAUAAAAAUUUGGAAGAUAAAAUUCGAUCGUAUAUUCGUCUUGUAGGAAUAAUCCUUCUCGUAUUGACUAUUGUUUUUGGUUUCAUUCCAAUUACUUUCUUUAUUCUUAUCAUCAUACGUCACUUGUGUCGUCAUCAACAAAAUGAUUUAUCACCAAAAUAUCGGUUAGUUCAUGCAACAUAUUUUAUAUUUGUACUCAAUUUAUUUCUCUAUCUACUUUAA